UUUUUGUUGUUGUCGUUGUUGUCGAUGUUGUCGGUGAUGACGAUGAGAAAUCGCAACGAACAACAACAGUGAACAAUGUCAACCACCGCGAUGGAGCUGCGAGAGCAGUGUGAGCAGUGCCUGGCUGACCUCGCCCCAGCCCUGCAGGUGGACGAUGAGAAGCUGACCGCGCUGGGACACAAGCUGGCAGCAACGCCGGCUGCGCUUGAGCUUCAUGCACCACGACUGCCGCUCACCUUUGGCAGCCGAGCUCAGGAGAUCAACUUCUACAUCAUCCUUGCGCUUGCAGACGAUCCAACGUGUGCCUGGAGGGGGGAUGCGGAGAAGCACUUUGGUUGCUCCUAUUCACACUUCUUGCUGAAGGGCUUCAUGGCCAUGUACAUAUCCGGUGUCGACUUUACCUCAGACGCCCUCUCCAACCUUGAGCUCUACGACAUCAGCUCCAACUUUGACAUUCCACUCACGGGCGCAACGUCCAAGACUGUGAUGCCGGGCGUGGAGCAGCUGCAAGACCACACCCUCAAGCCGCUCGCCCAAUCCCUGACGUCUCGGCUGCGUGCUAUUGGCACUGCGGCUGCACAUGCGCAUCUGCGCUACCCCGGUGAUGCUGUUGUUGAUCUGUUGGCACGACAGCCGAACGCCGCCCAGCCCAUCGCCGCAGCCAUCGCAGCCAUCUUCCCGCAGCUCACAGAUGAGGUGGCAAUUGGUGCGCAUCUGCUGUGGCUGCACACGAGCGCACAUGCCGCCGCCGCCCGCCUUCAUCUCUGCUUCCGCAAGGACGACGACGCAUGCAACUUUCACGACAUUGACACCAUCCCACCUCUCCCGGCUGCUGGCGUGGAAGUUCCGCUGUUCCACAUUGCAACCGCUGUCUGCCGCCUCAAGGACACACAUGACGACGCAUAG